UUUCGGGCUAUGCUUAAGUUGCAUUAAUAAUAAUAUAAAAUAAUCAACAUGCCCAUUUUUUUUAAUGAAUACAAAAAAGAAUAUAGAAUAGAGACAUAUAGCUGAAGUAAAGAAAAUUAUGUUGAAACAACUUAAAAUAUAAAAUCAUUAAAUGCAAGUAAAAAACAUUGACGAGGGUUUAUGCAGUGAUAACGGAAAAUAAAAGUAAAUUGUGUUAAAAAAAAAAGUUUUGGAAAAGUUUUAAAUAUAUGGACCAUUAAAUAUGUUUAAAAAUAAAUAGAGCAGCAGUUCUCAAACUAUUUUUCACCACGUGCCACUACAGAAAACACUUGGCUCUCCAAAUACCACGAUAAUGACCAACUUUAAAAUACAGUAGCGUAGUAGGCCUACGUAAUCAUUAAAAACAAAGCAGAGGUUUUAUUUAACUAGGCUGGCCAUAUUCUAAAAUCCCAAAAAGAGGACACAUAUAUGCGUGCCAAGGUGGGCAGCACGCCACGGCCGGGACUAGGUGAAAAUUUGCCAAUGAUACUCGAACUUGCUUUAUAAAUAAUAUAUUUAUUUAAAUAAAGCAUUUUUUCUCCUUUGUUGACAGCAGCGUUGGCGCUAGGAAUUUUUAAAAUGGGGUCCCAGGGUCAUAAAUAUGGGGUCUACAGUAAUUUUUUGGGGUGCCACUUUUUUGUAAGCGUUUUGAAAACACAUGAUAAAUGUAUGCAUUAUCCUGUUAUAUCUCACAUUCUAUAUUGUGUUUUGGAAAAAGGUUGUCAUAAACGUUACUUAAUUCAUUUAAAAAAAAUACUGGUAGUUUUUUCUAUGUUUUUAUUUAAUAAGUUGUAGGUGUAUUUAUUUCAGUAUAAAAGUGUAAAAAGUGUUUUGCUUCAGUCAUGAAAUGAUGAUAAUGGUGUGCCAGAGCAUACAUACAUUUUAUAAUUAACGCUUGAAUCCCUGGAGUCUACAUCAACUUCAGAUCUAUCCCUCAUUUCAAAAUGUUUUAGUUUUUUUAUGUUUUUUGUUUUUGUUUUGUUUGUUUGUUUUCCGCCCUUUUUUGUCAAACAAAACUAUGUUUUUUAUGGCAAACACACAAAAUCUUCCACCAAAAAUAGUUUUCAAAGUGUAAUAUUUGAUGUUUGAAGUAAUCGGAAUCUUUGAUAGGUUUGAUAGGUUGAUAGAGCAAUGAAAGAGAAAAAAAACAGCUUUGUUUUAUUAUUUAACAUUGCAACUGUUUCUAAAUUACAUUUCACCUGUAAGCUUUUUUAUUUCACAUUUGUUAUGUUUUUGUUUAUUUUAAUGGUAUUUUUAGAAUGUGCCGUGGGCCUUUAAAACAAAUGGUAAAAAAAAUCCCCCCAAGAAAUCCGCCUCCUUUCUGAUUUCAAUGCGUUAAAAAGACACAAAAAGUGCGUUAACGCCAACACUGGUUCACAGUAUAACAAAAUACGAGACGUGUGUAAAUUGGUGUGUGGUACGGCGUGUGUUGACGAGACACGGUCACGUGGUGUUUUAUAAGAAGGCGCACGGAAAGAAAGUCCGCGAAUUCCCGAGCAGUGACGACGACGACGCCGCCAUGCCGGCUCACCUUCUGUUUCCCGUGGCAGUGCUCUCCGCCUUAGUGGUCUGCAGCCCCACGGAGGCGUGGUACAAGCAGGUGGCCGCUCCAAGCUACUACUCCGUGGGCAGAGCAUCCGGCUUGCUGUCCGGCAUCCGCAGGUCACCACACGUCACAAGAGCCGACACGGAGACGCUCGAACCGCGGCCACCGCGUUUCAACCUGGAAACAACGCCCAUCUGUAUCAGAGCCAUCACGCCAAACCUGCCGAGUUGUGAACUCUUCCUUGGGGGCAAAACAACGCUGAAGUGCAAAGCAGAAAUCUUCCUGUCUCUGGACUUGUCAGACUGUGCAGCGUACUGAGCGGCAGAUGCCAACCAACGGUUUUCGUCUGUCUUAUGUCUUGUAUUUUAUGUCUCAAUUUUGUGCCACAUAUUACUGGUUUUCGUCAAUAAAUCGUAUGGGGAAAUAA